GUCGACCGACUGAAACGGCGGCCCACAAUGCAUUGCGACGGCGGAUAGGCGGGGGAUGGGGCGGGGCCAGUGCCGGAAGUAGAACGGUGGCGGCGGCGGUGGCUCUGGCAGCUCGGGACUGAGUGCAAGUAACAAAGAGUCACCAUGAUUCUUCAGAGACUCUUCAGGUUCUCCUCCAUCAUUCGAUCAGCAGUCUCAGUCCAUUUGCGGAGGAACAUUGGUGUCACAGCAGUGGCAUUUAAUAAGGAACUUGACCCUGUACAGAAACUGUUUGUGGACAAGAUUAGAGAAUACAAAUCUAAACGACAGGCAACUGGAGGACCUGUUGAUACUGGCCCAGAAUAUCAGCAAGAUCUGGAGAGGGAGCUUUUUAAGCUGAAGCAGAUGUAUGGUAAAGCAGACAUGAACACGUUCCCUAGCUUCAAGUUUGAAGAUCCCAAAUUUGAAGUCAUCGAUAAACCCCCGUCCUAAAGAAGUAAAGUAACAAUACAGUUAUUUGUGAUGAGUCAGUUGUACAACUACAGAAGUAUCCGAAUAAACAUCUAUUUCACAGCUG